GCCGGAACAAGCCUCAUAGGGCGUUACGCUUUUUAAAAUGUGACUAACUUAUGCCUGAAAGGAAUAAUUAUUUCUAUAUUAUGUGCCUUGAUGGAAGUGUUUUUCCAGUUGCUUGGGGCAGACCAUUUAGAGUAAACAGGGAAACGAAGGACUUGUCAAAAGGAAAAAAAAAAACAACAACAACAUGUUAGGGCGACGCCUUGGCUCCCAAGGAAUAGGCAGAAAGUCUGAUGGUAAAUGUAGGGGGUUUUUGCUUCUCUUGUUUUUAAGUUGGACUUUUAAAGCAGAAGCUGCCUUUAAUGUGCUGGUGUGCAGAACAGGAAAUCUGAUUUUUCGGUGUGAUAACACAUUCUUUGACAUUAACCCGGACGGUUGGAUUGUUAAUGACACUUUCAUCUUCAAAGCCCUUCACCAUCACGGGUGGAUUAAUUAUUCGUUUUUUUGGGUGUGUGUUAAAAAGUCUUCAAAGCCUUCAUCCUUUCCUCCUUGGAAUUGGGGCUCUUCAACCUUUCAAAUGUUGCUUUCCUGCCCCCAAGGGAGACAAUAAAUUGCCUCUUUUUUUUUUUUAAGACAAAAAGAAUACAAUAGAAAUAUACUCUUUACACUAUGGAAAGCUGAUGUCCUUAUAUCCUGGGUGGGAUUAGAAGAGGUCGGAAAGCAGUGUUUAAACUGUGUUUACAGUAAGCACUGUGAGAUGUAACUCUGGCGAAGAGUGUUUGUUACCGCUCGGGCUUUUGAUGUGCUCCUGGAAAGUGCCACAGCUACCCAGAGCACCCCGCGUUCGCCAUAGGGGAGCCUAAUAGGUGAGUGUUGCUCAAGUAUUAUUCCAAUUCCUGUCCCCUUCAAACAGUGCCUAAUGGGGUAUUUUUAAAGACUUGGUUUUGGAGAAGAAAACCCUCAAGCCUUUCCUCGGGGGUCCUCCUGGAUUUGACACAUUGUAUAACCACAAGGGAGCAGUCUUUUCUUUUGAUGAGGUCUUCUCUCCACCUCCCCCAAAAUGAAAGAGCAAGUGCAAGUUUGCAAACAGUCUCAAAGCCCUUUCCAUUAGCCCUGGACGCCGGAAACCACAAAGGGCAGUUCAAGUUGUGAUUUUCAAGGAGAAAGCCUCCGGGAAACUUUCGCUCCGCCGCCAGGAGGCCUGUCGGUUCCUGGGAGGAGCCCUUGGGAAUCCGCGAGGAUUCCUCGGCUCUUGAAGACCCAGAUCAGUGGAUUACAGUAAUUGCAAACCUCGGGUGGCUUCGGAAGAUUACUCUGUUUGGUGUGCGCUCACAUUUCCAGGCUGGGGGACCGAGCAGAGGAACCCCUUUUGUUACCUUUUUGAAAGAAGAAGAUCAGAGAGGAAGACGAGGUUUGAAGUGCGGAUUAGGGGUCCUAAAUCUUGGCCUGGCACCUCCGUCUGGAACUUUAUAAGGAGACGGAGGCGUGCACUGGCUUUCCGGAAUCAUGCACAGUUUCCCGGGAGCGUGUUCUGGAACUGAGCUUCGGGGCUCAGAAACGUCUCCCCACACAGACCUUCCGUGCCAGGCAGUCUGAAUGGACCAUCCUCUCCGCUUUGAAGAUUUGCAGCCUCGUUUUCUGCUGAGACAUUAACUUCUUGGUUGAUUUGUUCGUUGGCUUUUUUUUUUUUGACGAGCGAUGGAGACACGGAAAUCGGCCGGACUGCUGACCUUGCCGUACCCCCUCCACCCGGGGCCCCUGAACCUGCCCGAGACCCUGCCCCGCCUCCCUCUGAGGGACCCCUUCAGGGUCUCCUUGCAUCUGGACGCCGCGUGCUGCGCCCCGAGACGGCCCUACCUGCCCCUGCCGCUGGACGGCGCCUUCGAGCCCGCCUUCCUCCGCAAGCGCAACGAGCGCGAGCGGCAGCGGGUGCGCUGCGUGAACGAGGGGUACGCGCGCCUCCGCGACCACCUGCCCCGGGAGCUGGCGGCCAAGCGGCUGAGCAAAGUGGAGACGCUCCGCGCCGCCAUCGGCUACAUCAAGCACCUCCAGGAGCUGCUGGAGCGCCACGCGCGGGGGCAGGACGGCCCGGCCGGCCCCCAGCGCAGGUCCGACUGCAACAGCGACGGCGAGUCCAAGGCCUCGUCCGCGCCUUCGCCCUGCAGCGAGCCCGAGGAAGGGGGCAGCUAGCGAGCCCCGGACCGCCGCCGGGACCCCGGCCUGGACCCCGGCGCCCGUGCACCGCGCGUCUUUGCCCUCUGGUCUAAGGUUCUCUCCGAAGGUGGUUGCGUUUUUAAUCCGGUUUCUCCUCCAGGGGGGAAAAAAAUCUUAGAAAAAAGAAAUUCGUGCUUUAAAGGGAAAAAGAUAUUCUGACAUUCUGGUUGGGUUUCCGCCUCCCCCUUUUAUUGGCUUUGUGCCUCCAACUUAAUUAGGUGCCUGCUUAAAGGAACUUCUGGACUUCUCACAUGCAAACGGUACCAGAUGCGGAGCACCUCGUCCUGGAAACCCAAAGGGCAGUGACAGUUUCCCUCCGUCCUCGGUGUGGGUAAAUCAUGUACCUAAAUAUCGAAAUAAAUCCAACCUUAACCAAAGAAGAGCUUCCCAAAAAUAAAUAAAGGACAGCUCUCAAGGCGAGAGGCACGUUUUCCUGCGUCCCUCCCCUUAGGAAUUACAUUGGGCGGCACCGCGCCUUGCUCGGUGAAGGUGACACCCGAGGACGCGUGUGCCCGCGGCGCUGCGGGGCCGGCCUGUGCCGUUGACCGAGCGGGUGAGCCGCGGCGCCGGCGAAGGCAUGUCUCCUUGACACUUCCCGUCUCAUCAAAAAGUGGCGAUUCUGGAAACUCCACAGGAGUCGGCAGAUAACAUGUUAGCGUCCAUGAACCUUUUGGAAGAGAGCUCAGAUUUGUGUGAAAACUUACUUUUCCUCUCUGUUGUUGUUGUUGUGUGUGUUUUUUUCCUUUUCUUUGCAUCGCCCCUUGCAGUUCUUACUCAACUGUUGGUUAAAUUGAAGUGACACCGUGACCUUUUUGUUUGUCUCAAGUAAAUGCUUAGAUGGUUGAACGGGAUGGGCUGGGGCUGGUCCAUUCUCACACUUUCAUCACAAGGAGGGCUCCCAAUUAUCUAGGGCAGUGGUUCUCAACCUUCUUCAUGC